UCUCUCUCUCUCUCUCUCUCUGGCUUCAUUCCCAAUACACCCAAUCAGAGUACGACACGUGUACCUAUCGAUACACAGCUGGAAUCACCUUCUCUUUUCUCUAUUCGUAUUUUUCGCGGAAUAUGCGAUUUUUUUUUUUGAGAAGUGAGUUUGGAUUGGAUGGAAUGGAACGUACGAAGCAUUAUUUAAAAAAUUAAUUAAUUAAAAAUGAAAAUGAAAAUGUGGAGAGGUCUUUAAAUGGCAGAGAGGAAAGGAAGCGGGAAGGUGUGCCAUUCAUUCAUUGCGUUUCAUCGCAUUGCUUUUGGUUUUGAUUUUUGAGCUGAAAUCAGAGAAAGGGUUGAGCUCCAUUGAAUCGAGAUCUACCUUCUUCGCCUUUUGGUUUCAGAUACAGACAGGGAAAAGAGAAAAGAGAAAAGAGAGAAGAGAGAGAGAGAGAAUGAGUCCCCCCAUUGAAACACCUCACAAGCCAGUUGUUUCGUCCCAUACUGGACACCCACCUCUGAAUGAGAGGAUUCUUUCCUCCAUGAGCAGGAGGUCCAUUGCUGCUCACCCUUGGCAUGAUCUUGAGAUUGGACCUGGUGCUCCAACUGUCUUCAACUGUGUUAUUGAAAUAGGAAAGGGAAGCAAAGUGAAAUAUGAACUUGACAAAAAAACUGGAUUGAUUAAGGUUGAUCGUAUUCUUUACUCGUCAGUUGUGUACCCUCACAACUAUGGCUUCAUCCCUCGUACUCUUUGCGAGGACAAUGACCCCAUCGAUGUUCUCAUCAUCAUGCAGGAGCCAGUGCUCCCAGGAUGCUUUCUUCGGGCCAAAGCUAUUGGACUCAUGCCUAUGAUUGAUCAGGGUGAGAAAGAUGACAAGAUCAUUGCUGUUUGUGCUGAUGAUCCCGAGUACCGACACUUCAAUGACAUCAAGGAGCUACCCCCACAUCGUUUGGCUGAGAUCCGCCGCUUCUUUGAAGACUACAAGAAGAACGAGAACAAGGAAGUUGCAGUGAACGAUUUUCUUCCAGCCUCGGCAGCCUAUGAAGCAAUCCAGCAUUCAAUGGAUCUGUAUGCGGACUACAUAGUCGAGAGUCUGAGGCGGUAGCUGGAGCAAGACAGACAGGGACAGACAGAGAGAGAUGUCCUUUUACAUUUACUUCAUUGUAACUAAAAACCAUAAAGGAAAAAAAAGAACACUAUCUUACCUUUGCUGGUAAUACUACAAACAACUCAAACUACUAGACCAAUCCCUAUUCCUAUAUAUAAGUACUGAAUCAUAGCAAUGGAUGCUCUGUUGCUCUUAUUUUUUUAUUAUUUUUUUCAAAUUUAUUUUUGCCCAGUUUGUUUACCAAGUUUUUAUUGACAAAGAGGAAGUGCUUGGAACUGUGUCUUUCCCUGUGACACUUCCACACUUCAUGUUCUUGUCAAUUUUAUUUUCUUCUCAAACGUUUGAAAUCAAUGACAAAAUAUAUAUAAUUCUGCUCUGAA